UCCUAGAAACAAAUGCAAUUUCCUAUGCUGUUGAUGCUGGCGACCCUCCAGGAGUCCAAAUGGCUUCCAGUUGGUCAUGUGCCAAAGCAGAAGGUUACAAUCGGGCAAUCAUCCAAUGUUACAGCGAGUAUUGUGUUCAAGGCGGAGGUGUUUCUUCUACUUGUCUUGGCAACUACCAAAAUGCAGUCACUGCCGGCUACAAGUAUAUAGACCUUUAUUUUUUCCCCUGCACCGGAGUUGCAUACAAUUGUAAGUCACCACAGACGCAGGUCAAUGAUCUUGUUACUUUCGUCAAUAAGAAUAGAAUUCUAGUGCAAACUAUCUGGAUUGACUUUGAAAUUGAUAAUACGUUGAGUUGUAGCCAAAAUUGGUCCCAAGACAAAGUUAGUAACCUCGCACUGGCAAAACAAUUUACAGAAGCUGCUAAAGGAACUUCGAAGAAUUGGGGCAUAUAUUCGUCAUAUGAACAAUGGAUAACACUUUUUGGUAGUGCACAAGCAGUUGUUGAUAGCAGCUUUAAAAUCUGGUAUGCUAAUUAUCAAACACCUUCACAACCAAACUAUGAUGACUGGAAUAGUACAGAAUUUGGUGGUUUUAGUGCACCUUCAGGAAAGCAAUUUGCACUAUACAGCGGUCAAUGUGGCACCUUUGAUAUUAACAUAUUCACCUAUAAUACCGGUGCUCCAGA